CUGUCUGAAAACAUGAGAAUAGUAUAUUAAAUAUGAAAGAAAACAGUGAUGUAAAGUGACAGAAGCUUUUUCAGCUGAAGUCAUGCUUAAGAUUGUAAGAAAAAAACCUUAACAGUAAAUGUGGGUGGCAAUUAGGAAAACAGGGAGUUGAUAGCAAAGAAUAACUUACCAGUUAUGAAACUGUAUGGUUGCUACAGUAAGGUUUAAAAUAAUGUAUAUUAAAAUAAAAUACAUUCAAAAGAGCAAAAAAAAGAUGUUUUAAGUAUGUUAGGAGCAGAAAAGUCAAUUGCCUAGGGUUACGAGAAGGUAGAGUUAUAAAUACUAAUGGGGGGAGGGAAGAAUUUUUUUAUUCAGUACUUGGAAGAAAGCAGGAUGAGACACUGAUCUCUUCAUGUGUCUGGGUUUUGUCCCGACUGUUCUUGACAUAAGAAAUUGCCCAAGGCCUCCUUACAGUACAUACUUCCCCCCCAAAUCACGAAAAUGGCUUAAGGACGAAUGCAGACCGCACGUUUCAGGUAAGGUUUCAGCCUGUUUUGUUUUCGCCCAGGCACUACCAGGCACCCCUGCAGCUAGAGGGGCAGCGGGCACCCUCAGAACCCAGGCCGGCCGCGGGGCGGCCUAGAGCUGCUCGCAGCUGCCCGGGCAAGACAAGGGCGACCGAGAAGCUUCACGCACAUCCCGCAACCUAAGGCAGGGGAGCGCCCACCUCCUCCCCGCGCUGGCAUCGAUCCUCCGAGCCAACCACAGAGGAGCGGCAGGGGCGGCCCGACAAGCCGAGGAGGUGGGCCGCGACACGGAAGUGCUGAAGCCAGCGGCGCUGCCCGGCGGCGGGCCAAAGGGGCCGCUCGGGGCGGGCGCAUGGUAGCAGCGCGGCGCAGGAUGCUGAAGCUGGCCGUGGGGCUGCUGACGGCUGCCGCCUUGGCGCUGCUGCUGGAUUGGUACGCGCCUUCGAGGACCACGCUGCUGACGGCGGGUCAGCGCCGCCGGCGGCAGGCCCCUCAGCCUGUCCCCGGGGCGGAGGCCGCCAACCUGCUGUGGGUAGUGCAGGUAUCAGAUAUUCAUAUCAGUAGAUUUCGGGAUCCCAAACGAGCUCCUGACUUUGAAAAAUUCUGUUCUCAAACAAUUGAUAUAAUUCAGCCAGCACUUGUUCUAGCAACAGGUGACCUGACAGAUGCUAAGACAAAAGAUAAACUGGGAUCUGAGCAGGUAGAAGUAGAAUGGAAAACUUACCAGUCAAUCCUGAAGAGAUCAAGGGUCAUGGAAAAAACCAAGUGGAUAGACAUCAAAGGGAAUCAUGAUUCGUUCAACAUUCCACACCUGGAUAGUGUUCGGAAUUAUUACAGGAAGUACUCUGCCUGGCGUAAGGAUGGCUCUUUCCAUUACAUCCACACCACCUCUUUUGGGAACUAUUCCUUCAUCUGUGUGGAUGCCACACUUAGCCCAGGUCCUAAGAGACCCUAUAAUUUCUUCGGGAUUUUAAACAUGAAUCAAAUGAAAGAGCUAUCUUUGAUGGCAACAGAAAGUCUGCACAGCAAUCAUACUAUCUGGUUUGGCCAUUUUCCCACUUCAACAAUCAUCUCCCCAGCCCCAGGAAUACGAACAUUAAUGAGUUCUGCCACAGCCUAUUUAUGUGGACAUCUCCAUACAAUGGGUGGGCUGAUGCCAGCCUUGCACAGUCAACACCGUGGCGGCACUCUGGAACUCGAACUGGGAGACUGGAUGGAUAACAGGAGGUACCGGAUCCUUGCAUUUGAUCAUGACCUCCUUAGCUUCGCAGAUCUUAACUUUGAAGAAUGGCCUGUAGUCCUCAUCACCAAUCCAAAGUCCUUCCUUUACAGCAGUUCUGCUCAUGAACCACUAGUCAAAAUUCUUUAUUCCACUCAUAUCAGAAUUCUGGCUUUCUCUCCUUCUGUCAUUAUCUCCGUCAAAGUCUAUAUAGAUGGAGUUCACUUGGGGAAUGCGCGUCAGGUGUCUGGCCCUCUCUAUGUAUUGAAGUGGAGCCCACAAAACUACAGCGAAGGGUUCCAUCACAUAGAUGUGACUGUCCAGGAUGCUUCAGGAAGAAUUAGCACGCGGGGUCAUAUAUUUGCUAUGGAAGAAAACCUCUCUCUUAGAUUUGGCUUUUGGCCAUCUCUUAUUCUUCUCACUGACUAUUAUGUUCUAGCUCGUGUGCUCUUUGGACUGAUUGUGCUGAUUCAGAUUGCCUUGCUCGUUGUUUUCAGAUACCUCCAAAAGCCAGCGCUCAAAGAAAAGCCAGGAUUACUUACUCUGACCUCGUAUUCCCUUCAUAUCUUCAGUAAAACAAACACCUUCUAUUACUCAAUUCUGGUUCUGAAUUUAUACACCAUUCUGGGACCAUGGUUUGUAGGUGAACUGAUAGAUGGCCAGGUGGGGGCCUGUUUUUCCUUUGGGGUGUUCGUUGGUGGUUCCUUCUUACAGGGCAGUCUGACAUUUGUGGUUGGGAUUUUACAGAUGUUGUUUUUCAACCUGCCAUUAAUGGCCUAUCUGUGCUGGUGCCUGUUGCUGCGAUGCCAGGGUCACAGCUUCUGUUCUCACAUCCGUCACGUCCGACGCCUCGUGGCUGUGGUUGUUCACCUGGCAAUGGCGCUCCUCCUGGCCUGGCAGGUCUAUUCCUGCUAUUUCCUACAGCGAACUUACGGGACCUUGGCUUUCUUCCUCUCCCCAAUGAGAACGUGGCUGGUGGUGCUGACCUCAGCUCUGAUUUAUAAAACCUGGACGCUGAAAUCAUCUGAGCUCAGAACUUACAUAGUAGAAAUGAAAAACUGUCAGAGCUCCUGAAGUACAAGUUCUUUGACUUAAAAAAAUGACAAGGUACAACCUAUAGUUUUGUGAUGCUGGAAUUCCAUACAGCCCAACCAUCAGGUGGUAAGAUCUGAAGCUGCACCUGCACUGCUACAGAGCUGUAUUGAACAGUAAAUGUAUAACAACAUGUAUUAUGUACUUUUAUUGUAUUAUAUGUAUACAAUAUACUGUAUAAUACAUGUUAUAUAUAAUACAGUUAUACAUUAUACAUUAAUACAGUAUACAGUAAACUGUAAUAAUCUCUAUAAUAGGGAUUUUGUA